AUCACUAACGGAAGAAGAAAAAUGGAGGCGGCAGUGUUCAUUCUGUCACUUGUGGACUGCUGUGCACUGAUUUUCCUCUCGGUGUACUUUAUUAUCACCCUGUCUGAUCUAGAAUGUGACUACAUCAAUGCUAGAGCCUGCUGCGCCAAGCUAAACAGAUGGGUAAUUCCAGAGAUGGUUGGCCAGUGUCUCACCACUAUGCUGAUGUUGGUCUCCAUGCACUGGUUCAUUUUUGUCCUCAACCUGCCUGUAGCAGCCUGGAACAUUUAUAGGUAUGCGAAGGUUCCGAUGGGAAACAUGGGCGUGUUUGACCCCACUGAGAUCCAUAACCGAGGUCAGCUCAAGUCCCACAUGAAGGAGGCCAUGAUUAAACUGGGUUACCACCUGCUCUGCUUCUUCAUUUAUUUGUAUAGCAUGAUCCUGGCUCUGAUCAAUGACUGAAGCACCCAGCGAGCUGCAGGAUUCCAUAGUCCAGGCUUUGCCAUCACCCCCCCCACACCCUGCUCCUCUACUGUAUGCAUACAAUCUUUACCAACAGCAGAGAGAAGAAGUUUACUGUCACUGAGGUCUUACUGAGCUCCAAACUGUUAUUUGUGUUGUCAGAAUCGCAGAGUUUUCACUUUCAUACUGAGGUUGACAUUUAACCAUUUAGCACUUCGGCACCAUCAUGCAAACAUCUCCUACAACACGCGCUGUGUGUUAUUGUGAAGGGGAUAAGUAAUAACCUCUAUAUGCAAUAGUGAGUAAAAACAACACCGACAUAGUGGCUGUAAGAAAUAUUAGACAUUUUCACCGUAAAGUGAGCCAGACUUCCUCCUAGAGCAGAGAGAACUAGAACAACACUGAGUAAUAUUUCUCUGUCCAUCUGAACAUACGGUGGAAGUCUUGAGUGUGUUGUUCCACCAAAGCCACAUUUGGAAAAAUGCCAAUGGUGCUUGAACCUCAAAACUAAUGAUGUGUUGUGGCCAGUACUGGGACCUGCUGUGGUGUUCAGCUGAAGCGGUACUCAACAUAUGUAACUCAUUGGAGUCACUGUUCAUACCAGUCUGUGACCUCCAGAGACUGUUCAGUAUAUACUUCACCAACAAUCAUUCCACGAGGUCACAUGUCCUCCCCAUUCUGGGUUUGGGCCAUUAACGUCAUUUUAUAGCACCUUUCAAAAACCAACGUGCAAAGUGUUUUACAGUGAAAGAGUACAGCAACAAAGAAUUAAAAGUCAAUAUAAUCCAAAACAUAAAAGACAAAAUGAACUACCAUCUGGUGAGAAAGAGCCAUGAGCUCAAAGAGUGUACAGUGUGUCAGACAACCCUCUCCUCCUGAAGCGUACCAACAUGUUGGCUGUGUGCUGUUGCUCUGCUCACGCUGGACAUACCAAGCGAUCCUCUCUUCAAUCGGGAUACGUCCAUCUACAGUCACCUGCUGGUGGAUGUGGUGCUUUUGUUCCGUCUAGUCCAAUGCUCCAUUUUUCUGAACUUCUUUAGUUCACAUCAUAUUUGGUCAAAGUAUCAAAAGUUUUCAAAAUGAAAUGCUGAGAUGGGAGGUUUCUGAUGGUGUUGAAGUGUUGUUAUCAGUAAGGCCACAGCUCAGCCCAUGAUGUCAGGAGGAGGCUCACAGACCUCAGUCAUGCACUGAUGGUGUGUUUACUGAAUGACCUUUGCAUUGAACACAUACUGUAUGUCAAAGUGAGACAGACCCCAGAUCAGCAUGUGUGUCAGUGUUGCUCUGGGACCACAGAGGUGUGCAUGUGCUCUUUAUUUGGUUGUGUAGACAGAGCAGUCACAGCUGCUCUGUAUUGUGUGCAGGUACUCUGGAGCCAUUUCUCUCUUCAGUGGGGGUCAACAAGUUCAUGUCUGAUUCACAUUUAACUGUCUUAUGCGGUGUGGGGUUUUUGGAGGGGGAUGUGAUGUUUCAUAAAUAAAAAUGAAAGACAA